UACUGCUGCGAGCAAUGCAAAAAUUUAAAUUUAUUUUAAAGAAUUAAAUUUAAAAAAAAAAAUUUAAAAAUUUUCAUGCCUUAAAAUGUUGCUACGCCUAUUAAAACUGAACCUUUUAAUAGGGUCAUUAGCUAUAAUAUUGCUGGCACUAAUACUGAAUCAAAAUGUUAAUGCUGAACCACAGGAAACUAAUAUUUUGGAAAAUGUUGCUACCAAGGGUUUGCAAUUGGCGGGAAGUGUGGCUGAAAUGGCGGGUAAUGCUGGUAUGAUAAAUGAUCAACAAGGUUUUGAAUUACCCUUUGUCAAAGUAAAUUCCUCAACUAAAGUUGGUACGGGAGCAGCUUUUAGGGAGGAAGAAGAUUCCUCUGAAGAGGAUAGGCGACGCAGAAAAAGAAGUUUGAUUAAUUUGGAGCAAAAACAUAAUGAACUGUUGAACGCUGAAGCUGAAUUGAAUGAGAAACAAUUAAAUAGAGAUAAACGUUCACCUUGUCGUGGUGGUGGCGGAGGAGGAGGAGGAACUGGGUAUGGAGCAGGUGGAUAUGGCGGAGGUGGUUAUGGAGGUGGUGGUUAUGGUGGAGGAGGCGGUGAUGGUGGAGGUGGCGAUUUUGGUAUAGAUGGUGAUUUUCUGGACAUACCUGAACUUCGUCGACGAGCUAAUGCCCGCCGCCGCAAAAAUAGCACCAGAAGAAACUCCAACACAGGUCGUAGAACUAGUCGCAGAAAUAAUGGUCGCCGCAGAAACUCAAACCUGGUAAAGGGCGAAGCUAAUUCAAAUCUUAUAAAUACGAAUGAUCAAAAGUUGGAACGACGCAAGCGACAUGCCCAAAAUGAUUUCAUGCAAAAAGCUACAGAAAUUGGCGACAAAUUCCGCAAUGUUGGUGAAAGCAUAAAAAAUUCGGUAUUGAAUGUAACACAUACAAUUAAAGAUCAAAUUCUUGGAGGAAAUUCAAAUAAUAUGCCUCCAAAUAACAUGAAUCAAGCUUUCAAACGACGCAAACGACAAGCACAGUUCGAUGAUCAGGGCAUGGGCAACAUGGAUUUCAAACAAGGUAUUAAAGAAAAAAUACAAAAUGUUGCUGGAAAAGUUAAGGACACUGUAGGAAAGGUAAAACAGAGAAUUAAAGAUAAAUUUGGUGCUUACAAUUCGAAUUUUAUGAAUACACAUGAUCAAGCAUUGACAAGACGUAAGCGUCAAGCCCAAAAUGAUUUCAUGCAAAAAGCUACAGAAAUUGGCGACAAAUUCCGCAAUGUUGCUGAAAGUGUCAAGAACUCUGUAAUGAAUGUAACACAUACUAUUAAAGAUCAAAUUCUUGGUGGAAGUUCAAAUAAUAUGCCUCCAAGUAACAUGAAUCAAGCUUUUAAACGACGCAAGCGUCAUGCACAAUUCGAUGAUCAGGCCAUGGGUAAUGGCAAUAUGGAUUUCAAACAAGGUAUUAAAGAAAAAAUACAAAAUGCUGCUGGAAAAGUUAAGGACACUGUAGGAAAGGUAAAACAGGGAAUUAAAGAUAAAUUUGGUGUUCAAAAUUCGAAUUUUAUGAAUACAAAUGAUCAAGCAUUGGCUAGACGCAAGCGACAAGCUCAAAAUGAUUUCAUGCAAAAAGCUACACAAAUUGCUGAGAGCGUUAAAAAUUCUGUAAUGAAUGUUACACAUACCAUUAAAGAUCAAAUUUUUGGUGGAAAUUCGAAUAAUAUGCCUCCAAAUAAUAUGAAUCAAGCCUUCAAACGACGCAAGCGACAAGCACAGUUCGAUGAUCAGGGCAUGGGCAAUAUGGAUUUCAAACAAGGUAUUAAAGAAAAAAUACAAAAUGUUGCUGGAAAAGUUAAGGACACUGUAGGUAAGGUAACGCAGAGAAUUAAAGAUAAAUUUGGUGCUCAGAACUCUAAUUUUAUGAAUACAAAUGAUCAAGCGUUGACAAGACGUAAGCGUCAAGCCCAAAAUGAUUUCAUGCAAAAAGCUACAGAAAUUGGUGACAAAUUCCGCAAUGUUGCUGAGAGUGUUAAGAACUCUGUAAUGAAUGUAACACAUACUAUUAAAGAUCAAAUUCUUGGUGGAAGUUCAAAUAAUAUGCCUUCAAAUAAUAUGAAUCAAGCUUUUAAACGACGCAAGCGUCAGGCACAACAUGACAACAAUGAUUUUAUGCAAAAAGCUAAGGAAAUUGGCGAAAAAGUAAAGCAAACUGUUGAAAAAGUCACCCAAAAUAUGAAAGAUAAAUUUGGUGCUCAGAAUUCGAAUUUAAUAAAGUCCAAUGAUCAAGCUUUAAUGCGACCCAAACGUCAAUCUGAACUGGAUGAUUUAAAUCACAACAUGGAAAAUCUAUUCGCACAACAUGCUCAAGAUCUUGGCGAGAAAUUACGUAAUGUAGCUGAAAGUCUUAAGCACACGGUAUUAAAUGUGACAAUGACUAUUAAAGAUCAAAUUAUGGGAAUGAAAAUGUUUCAUAAAUUUAUUAAUCCAGGCGAAAUGAAACGUUCUCUAUGGAAUGGUAGGAAAGUGUGCAGAGCAGCUGAAGGUUUUUCGAAUGUUAAUGGAAAGUAUCUUUUCACAAUACUUUUACUAAUGACGGUUGUAUUACAAUGUCUUAUUAAUCAUAAUGUGGAGGCGAAAUCAGUAGUUCAACGUUCGAAGAAAACCAUAAAACUUUUACAAAGUUCUUCAUCUUUGAUACCAUUACGUCAUAAACGUGAUACUUUUGCUAAUGAACACCACGAGCAGUAUCAAGCUGAAGAAGACUUUAUAAGUCCACGCAUAAACCCCUAUGAAAAUAUAGCCGCUGAAGAUAGUAAUGAAUAUUAUGAUGAUAAUUAUGAUAUUUUACCUAUUGGAAAGGAUAACUCUCAAUCUUCAUCUUUAAGAGAUCAAAUUUCCGAAACAGCAAAACAAAUAGCAGAAAGUUUUAGAAAUAUGUGGCAAUCAUUAACUGAUUCUAUACGACAAUGUAUAGAAGAAUUGCGUGCCUCAUUUACUGAAACUAUAGUCGAAGAAGAUUUGACACCCGACCAACUACAACAAUUACAUGUUGCGAUGGCAGAGCAAUAUCAUAAUGCUAAACAUGUAGAUGAUAAUGAAGUUUAUGAAAAUAAAUUGUAAUAUGUUUUUGAAUGUUUAUUUAAGUUUUUUUUCUAUUGUUGUUGAACGCAGUAGAAGGUAAAGAAACUGAUAAUUAAAAAGAAAUUUUAAAAGACAUGUUUAAAAAAAAUAGGAAAAUGUUGUUUUGGU